AGUUGUUCUGAUGCUCUGAUUGACAUGUCUUAACCGUAUCUACGACACAGCCUCCCGAAGGUAUAAGUCGGUCUAAGAACCCGAUCUCUUACAUGGAAUACUGACUUGUACAAACCAUCGAGACAAGAAUGUUGUUGAAAGUGAUAUGUCUGGUGGCAGCGAUAGGGGUGAUCGUCCCCACCCUAAGGGCGACCCCCCUUGACGACUACGUCAACAAGGCUGACCCUCACUACAACUACACGGUGUUGGAGUGGACGUACCGGGGCCCGGAGUUCACACUUUACCUCAUCAACAUGACGUCACAGCAAUGGCUGACGGAGGCUGAGGUGGAGCACCCUAUCUGGUGGCACUACAUGAUCGUGGCGGUGCCAGAUAAUCUGACCCGACCUGACGCUGGCUGUCUGUAUAUCUCGUACGGCAGCAACGGUUACGGCAGUUUCACUCCCGACGUGGGGGACGAGUUUAUCAGCUUCAUUACCCUGAUGGCGGUCAGUACGGGAACCAUAUGCGCCAAUCUCAGACAAGUCCCUAACCAGCCGGUUAUAUUCAAGAACGACCCUAGCCGGAUGAGUCGCUCCGAGGACGCCGUGAUAGCGUGGACGUGGAAGGUGUUUGUGGAGGACCACCCCGACAGACCCGAGUGGCUGCUUCGGUUGCCAAUGACGAAGUCAGCUGUGCGGGCUAUGGACACAAUGACGGACUUCGGUAAAAAGGUCAACCCCCAGUCUAACAUUCACAGGUUUAUGGUGUGCGGGGAAUCCAAGCGAGGCUGGACGACGUGGACAACGGCAGCGGUAGACAGCAGAGUAGUCGCCAUAGCUCCCAUCGUCAUGGAUUUACUCAAUGUACAAAAGAAUCUUCACCAUCACUACCGGUCACUAGGAGGGUGGACGUUUGCAUUCAGCGACUACUACAGCCUCAACUUCACCAGUCAGCUUGACAACCCCAACACUAAACGCAUGGGCGACAUCGUCGACCCUUAUUCAUACAUAGACCGACUGACAAUGCCCAAGUACAUCGUUACCACGGGAGGAGACGAAUUCUUCCUUCCUGACGAUGCUAAGUUCUACCUCAACGAUCUGAAGGGAGAGACAUACCUCAGGAGAAUUCCCAACGCCGAACAUAGUCUAACGUUCCACCGUAUCUCGCUCUUCCUCGGCAUACAGAGCUUUUUCCUCAGCGUGCUCGAGGGUACACCACGGCCUAAGUUACGCUGGGAGAAAAACUAUACCGCCGAUGGAGGAAUCCUGACUUUUCACACCAAUGUAAAGCCCUUAACUAUUGGUGUGCAGCAUACGCGCACGAUCGGAGCUCACAGACGCGACUUCCGGUUGGCUACCGCGGACCCAAAUAACCCGGAUGGAUUCCUCCCUCAGCUUGUCGUGUGGAUCAAGGAUGAUGUGGAAUUCAUGGGUGAGUGGGUGUAUCGGGCUACAUUCAAGAAUCCCCCUGAAGGUUGGCUGGCCUUUUAUAUGGAAGCCACAUUCCCAGGGCCGGGUGUGACAAACUUUGAGUUCUGUUCCGAGACGAUGAUCAUCCCUAAUACCUACCCCUUCCCAGAAUGCCACGGGGCGGACUGUUUGGGGUCACUGGUCUAACUGUGCAUUUCCUCAACAGCAUUGAUUCACAUAAGAAGAAAAUAAAACAUAUUUUAUAACAGCG